UGCGUUUCAUCUCUGGAGAGUGAAUGCCCAAUCAUGCAUAGACGGCGACGUGAUGUGCAAAGUGUGCGAUUACACACAGCGUACAUGUUAGCGGAUGGGCCAGUUGAUGUGAUAAAUCAUCUCUCACAACUAAACGGCCGCCAAGUGGCAGCUGUCCUGAAUCCUAUGCUGCCAGUGCUCAACGCUCUAGAUAUGCAGAGCAUUCGGAUGGCAACUCUUUACUCCGAUUUUGUACAAAAAAUACAGAAAAUCUUUCCACCAAGCCUCAUUGAUCCCUUGACAAACGAAACCAUCGAAAAGUUUUUGCGAGCCAUCGGUGACGAUUCAGAGCUGGGUGUGGGCAUAUCGCAUAGUGAAGCUGAACAGUUUGAAGAUAAGGAACUAAUUGACCUAUGGAACGCCACCGUUAAUGACUGGACAUCUGGUCGAAUGGAUUCACCAAGUGAAAAUCAGGGAAUAGCGUAUUCGGAUGUGAAACAGCUCGUAGUAGCUGCAGAUCGUCUGCAUUCCCUUACUCGUCAGAAUGGCGCCUCGGACCCAUUCAGUCUGCUACAUGAAUAUGUUGGACAGAUUCUCACCACUAGCGGCAAUGGAGAAGAGCAGUGCUUGUCGGCAGCGGUGAUUAUCGAUCCAGCGGUAGUUUACGAAGACGGCAGUGUUACUAUCGAUGUUUAUGUCCAGAAUCUACAGGUAUGGUAG